AUGAGCUCGCGGCUGCGGCACUGGCGGGAGGCCGCCACGGUGCUGCUCGCGGCCGGCGGCGACGGCGGCUGCUGCCCCCGGCCGGGAGGCGCCUGCGACUACGAGCUGCUGCUGCUGAAGCGGAGCCCGCUGGGCGGCUUCCUGCCCGGCGCGCACGUCUUCCCGGGCGGCGUGGUGGACGCGGCCGACUUCGCGGCCGACUGGCUGCGGCUGCUGCCGGACGCGCCGCGCUGCGGGCUCAGCCCCGUGAAGGCGGGCGGGCCGCGGGCGCCCAUCUUCGCCGCUGAGCGCCCCGAGCUCGCCUCGGCUCUGCCGGCCGACGUGGCCUUGCGCAUUUGCGCCAUCCGGGAGACCUUCGAGGAGGCCGGCCUGCUUCUGCUGGUUCCCGGCGACGGUGAACCUGCCGCGGCGCGCGGCCCGGCGCGCUUGCUGCCCGCCGAGCGCCUGCCGCCGGCCUCCGAGCUGGCCGAGUGGCGGAGGAGGGUGCAGCGGCGGCCCGACAGCUUCCUGCAGCUGUGCCGCCAGCUGCGCUGCGUGCCCAACAUCUGGGCGCUGCACGAGUGGAGCAACUGGCUGACCCCGGUGGCCCGAGCCGGGCGGGCGGGCCGGCGCUACGACACGGCCUUCUACCUGUGCUGCCUCGGGCAGGGCCCGCCGCAGGCCUCGCACGACGGUGCCGAGGUGACGGCGUCCCAGUGGUUAACACCAGCAGAAGUUGUCGAACGCUUUAAGUCUCAAGACAUCUGGAUAGCACCACCUCAGUUUUAUGAGUUAUGUAGACUCUGCAAUUUCUCAUCACUUCAUGAACUUCAUAGGUUUGGCUCUGAACGAGCUUUAGAAGGAUGUGAACGCUGGAUGUCUAUUGUUUUGGUUGCUUCAGAUGGCCACAUGCAACUUUUACCAGGUGAUGAACUAUAUCCAGAAGAUCCUGACUUUACAGGAGAAAGAAAACCAAUGUUGACAACAGAUAAAAAGAUUGAUGAGCUAAUGAAAGGAGCCAGCAGUCUUCACCGGAUAGUGACACAAGACCUUCAUAAAGUUACUGUUCAUGUGAAUAUUCAACCCAAAUAUAAACACAUCAAUCCAUUAAUGAUGGACUCUAAAAUGGGAAAUAAUGCAGAUUGCAAUAGCAGAUUAUAAUAUUCUUUUUGAUACUGACAUUUCUAAAAUAGUUUAUAUAUUUUUAUAUAAACCAGCCUGUAUUAUAGUUCCUACAGUUCUGGAAAGUUCAAACCCUGGUAAAGAACAUGUAUUUCAAGAGCAGCAAGGAUUAAUAUGUUCCUGUGCCAUUUUGUCUGCAUACCCCAAAUGAUGCAAAUGAUGUAAGCUUCAGUCUGUGUAUCUCUGUAAUCUCUCUUAAAAUUUUGUGCAAAUGUGCCAAAAGUGGAAUGGACAUCUGUCUGCUAAGAACUUGACCUUAAUCUACACAUCUAUGGAUUUAGGUCACCUAAGAGCCAGUGGGACAGUAUUUGGCCAUGGUCAGCCUAGGUCAUUUGUCCAUAUUGGGAGGAGCUGAAGUCCUUGAAUAUCAAUAUAUUUCAAUACCAUGAAUGAUCCCAUGUUUAAAAUGACAAUCUAGAAACCGGUAGCAUGUUUAUUCAGAAGCAUAUCCUCACUGUAUUCAGGACAAUAACAAUUGAGUGAAAUUAUAUGCCUACAGUUACCAUCAGUUCAUUAACACUACUUAUGAUAAUACUCAGAAGUUCUGUUUUUUCAAGACACUUUUCUUGUUAGUGUAACUUAAUUACAGCUGAAUAAAUUCCAUUGUGUGCUUGGAUUUCAUAUAUGAUGGCAGCUAAUAUGCAUUUAAAGGUACAAUCCUAUGCAUGUUCAGGCUGAAGAAAGUUCUAUACUUUGCUGAGAAUUGUAUAGCUUCUUUCUUUCUAAACAUGCAUAGCAUUGUGCCCUAAGUUAGCUUUGUUGACAGAAUCUAUUUCUUACUUCAGUUUCUACUUCAGUUCUUACUAAUAAAGAUUUAUUUCCAUCAACA